GUAGGUAACUAAAAAACAAUAAUACGUUAAGCAAAAAACGGUACUCCUACUUUGUAAUAUCAAUAGGUCAAAAGAACAGACGAGAGAGGAAAAAUCCUACAGUUUUUUUCUCAAAUUCAACUAUCUAAAGAUCUAAAACCAGAAAAACCCAUUAAAAAUAAGUUCUGUUCUUUAGUAUUCAUCAGAAAUAAGAUGGGGAAUAUUUCAGGAGGUGGGCAUGGAAGGAGAACGUCAAAAUCAAUGGAUGAUAUUGAUAUUGAGAUUGAAUCACCCAGAAUUAGACUUAAAGAUGGAAGAUUGUUGGCUUAUAGAGAAACUGGAGUUGCUAAAGAAGAUGCUAAUUUCAAGAUCAUUAUUGUUCAUGGAUUUGGAAGCAGCAAAGAAAUGAGCUUUUCUGCACCUGAAGGUCUAAUUGAAGGCUUGAAGAUAUAUAUGCUGCUAUAUGAUAGAGCAGGAUACGGAGACAGUGAUCCUAAUCCAAAAAGGUCACCCAAAUCGGAAGCACUAGAUAUUGAGGAACUCGCAGAUCAGUUAGAUUUAGGACCCAAGUUUUAUGUGAUUGGUGUGUCAUUGGGAUCAUAUCCGACCUGGAGCUGUCUCCAGUAUAUACCACACAGGUUGCAGGGUGUAGCAUUAGUGGCUGCUGUUGUCAAUUAUCGUUGGCCUUCUCUACCCAAUAGCGUAGUCAAAGACGACUUUAGAAAAGGUCUAGUAAAGUUCGCUCUUUUCGUUGUGAAACAUUUGCCUGGUUUGCUGUACUGGUGGAUGACCCAGAAGUGUUUUCCUUCGACCAACGUGAUGGAGAAGAACCCUGUAUUUUUUAAUGAAAGGGAUAUGGAAGUUCUCAAGAGAACUCCGGGAUUUGAGCUUCUCAGCGAGAAUAAAUUGGAGAACAAAAGUGUGUUUGAAAAUCUUCGUCGUGAUUUUAUGGUGGGAUUCAGUAAAUGGGAGUUCGAUCCAUUAAAAAUGAGCAACCCAUUCCCCAAAGAUGAUGGAGUAGUUCAUCUAUGGGUAGGCUUAGAAGACAAAGUUGUUCCUGUCGAACUUCAAAGACAUGUAACGGAAGAGUUGCCUUGGAUCAAAUACCAUGAAAUUCCUCAUGGUGGCCAUUUGAUAGUAUAUGACACCGAAGUCUGUGAAUCAAUAUUAAGAUCUCUCCUACUCAACGAGGAACCUGUGAAAUAUACACCGUUACCUGGUACUCCAUAGCGCCUAGCAGCAUCUUGAUUCUUUUUUCGUUUUCACUACCGGUUUAUAGUCAGUGGCACCCAUUCUUAUCAUCUGAACUGGUGAUGCUUUGUGAAGAAAAAAGCCAAUGUGUUGUAGAAAGAAUGCACUUGAUUUUUGUAAUUCAUUUGGUUUGAUAAAUCUGGUAAUUCUUUCUUGAUUCUUAUUCUAAAGCUUAAUGCUUUAACUGAAGAAUUGUCUUAAACUCCUCUGUGAUUUGUGUAUAUUGUUUCACAGGUAAUAUUAAUACGCCAUAGCUUCUUUUUUUUGUUAUUUAUGCUUCUUUUAAUUGUUUGGUUGAUAUCAAUUUAGGGUUGGUUUAGGUCGGGUAAAUUCAGGUGUGUAAAUCAAAAGUUGGCCUUAGACUGAAUUUAUAUUGUGAAAAUUUGAAGAAAAUAAGCUUAUUUGGGGAAAAAAAUUCCCAAAAUUAGAUUCGGACAUAUUUUCCAAAAUAAGCGUCUCCUAGUCCAAUGCUAAGGUUUGCAUGUGUUCGCUGUUAUUAAUAGCACGCGAUUCCGUAAAUUGAGUAAAAAAAAGUAAGUCAAGUAAUCGCCCGCUCUUACUAAUAGGGGGCGAUUAGGUUGACUUUUGUUGACAUUUUUGAUUGUCGUUGACUUUGGAUGUUAAUGGCUCCUUGUUACUAACAGCGGACGGUUGCUUUCCCAUAUACCCUAAUCUAAGCUUUUGUUCGUAUAUGACUCGCUAUUACUAAUAGCGAGUGAUUCUUUGACUGACUUUUGUUGACUCAAAAUAAUUAAUGGCUUGCUGUUAGUAAUAACAAACACAACCAAAUCUUAGUAUUGGACUAGGAGGAGUUUGUUUUGGAAAAUUAGUUUAGGAGGCGCUUAUUUUGGAAAAUAAGU